AUGGAAAGCGGGAACAAGGGCUCUUCAGCAGGAAGCAACAACAAUCAGGCUGCAUCUUCUGCAAAACCUGCUGCUGCUGCUGCUGGCUCCUUUUCUGCAGCAACUGGCUCUGGCACCAUGAAGGCCCCUGGAGCUGACCAUCACAUUUUGAGGGCUGAGUUUGAGAAGAACCCUUCUGCCUACUUCCAGAAUCUCCACAAGAAGUAG